AUGCUUUUGGUAAACUUAAAGGAGUUUGACUCUAGCAGCCCUGAUGUAUGGGAUUUAGGACCCAAUCUGUCUCUACAAAUCUUGCAUGCAUAUAUCCGAGUUUCUUAUGCUGAGCUAUCACAACACCAGUUCUUCAUAAUUGAGCCCUGUCAGUCCCCAAAUCAUGUUGUCUGGACAUUGGCUAUUCCAGACCCUGUUACCACCGUGAUGUGCCUGCAACACAACUGGGGUUCAGAUAUGAAGGAGAUCAUGCUUACUCUCAUUCAAAGAGGCAUAGCAUUUAGGACCCUGCAGUGUAUGACUGUCAUGCCCAACUUGCAGCACCCCCCUCUUGAGCUUCGUACCCAUACCUUAGGUCACCGGCAAUCCCCCUUCCAUGCAAUAUACAUGGAUUAUGUCAUAUACAAGCAGAUAUAUCAUGAGUUUAUGAACUGGCCCCAAGCAAGGGCUGCUUUUCUGCAUGGGGGACUCAUAUGGCGGUUGGCUUUGCACAGCCUCGGCUUCAAUUAUCUCUCAUCUGUCCUUGAUGGUAUCUCGCCUGAAGCUGUUCCAUUUGGUCUCCUAUUGUAUAGCAAUGACCAGACUUACUAUGAUGAUGAGUUGUUGGAAGAAGAAAUCAAUUUUAUGUGCAGGACAUACUACAUGCACUAG